AAAAAAUCGUCGACACAGAGAUUAAUUAAAUUAACUUUAAAACAAUGGGAAACGGCAUCAUUUUAGCACUAAAACCUAAAGUAAUCCCAAGUCCGAGCCAGGAAUCACAAUUUAAUCCAUUAUUUGGCUUUGAAAACGGACGAAAACAAAGAGAAAUGAUAGCAAGUGAAGAAGAAAUGAUUUCUGCUAAGUUACCUCAUGAGAAUCGAGAUUACUGUGCUCAUCUAGCACUUAAAUUGAUGCAAUGUAGGAAGGAAGUAUGGCCGUGGUCUUGGAAAUGUGCUCCUGAGAAGCACGAAUAUUUGAGCUGUGAAUAUGAAGACUGGAUCUUAAGGAUGAAAGAGUAUGAACGAGAACGACGAUUGAUGGAACGUCGUGAAAGAAUAAGGAAGCGAAAAGAGAAGCAAGGUGCUAUAUAAAUAGUAGUUUUUGGAUGUAACGAAUUGGAAGUAUUGAAUAAAAAUCUUUUAAGUGAAUAGUGUCG